GACAGUCGCGGGGCGGGUUCGCGUGUUUCACUACGUUGGCUUUUCUCACAGAAAGAUUUUGCUGAGGGAAUUUUAACGGAACAUUUCCGAGGUGUUUUAUCGUAAACCGCGUCCUGAACGUUUACCUGAGCGCUUCUAGACUGAAUCAGUGUGACCGGGCGUGAUGACGACAGAGGUGGGAUCAGAGACGGAGGUGAAGAAGGAGCCGGAGAAGGUGCCAGAAGUUCAACAGCAAACGGAGGAGCCCGAGAAAGCCUCAGACAGCGUCGCUCCAGAUAACCCUGACCAACAGGAGAAACCGAACGCGUCUCCUGAACCCAGCAGCCCGCCUCCCGCCGGAGAACAGAAGAAAGAGAAGGGCAUCUCUCGCUUUCUGCCUCCAUGGCUUAAACGACCAAAAUCACAGAGUCUGGACACAGAGAGCGAGAGCGCUGUGGUGCCGCACGUGAAGGACGAGGAACGCGAGGAGAAAGAGACUAAAGAGGAGACGAACGCAGAGCAGCCGGAGGAGGUGAGCGGAGAAAAGAGCAGGUCACACGAGGAGAAAGAUAGAGAGGAGCAGAAGUCUGUCGGCAGCGCAGAUACACAGCCUGCGAGAGAGGAGACGGAGGGAGAACCAGACGAGAAACCCUCGAGUCCGCAGGAGACCAGUGUUGUGUCUCCAAUCAAAGUGACCAAGAAGAUGAAGAUGGUGGUGUGUCAUGUGACCUUACUGGAUGGCAACCAGUUCACCUGUGAGGUGGAGAAACGGGCUAAAGGUCAGUACCUGUUCUCUGAAGUGUGCAAGCAUCUGAAUCUGAUGGAGAAAGAUUAUUUUGGCUUGAGCUUUAAAGACAGUGCUGAGCAGAGGUGCUGGCUCGACCCAAACAAGGAGAUCAAACGACAGAUCCGCAACUCUCAGUGGCAGUUUGCCUUCAGUGUGAAGUUUUACCCGGCUGAUCCAUCUCAACUGACUGAAGACAUAACCAGGUAUCUGCUGUGUCUCCAGCUCAGACAGGACAUCGCAUCGGGACGUUUGCCCUGUUCAUUCGUCACGCACGCUCUUCUGGGCUCGUACGCCCUGCAGGCCGAGCUGGGCGACUAUGACCCGGAGGAACAUCGCCUGGACUACAUCUCUGACUUCCAGUUCGCUCCAAACCAGACCAAGGAGCUGGAGGAGAAGGUGGUGGAGCUGCACAAGUCCCACAGGGGUAUGACUCCGUCUCAAGCCGAUGCUCAGUUUCUGGAAAAUGCUAAGAAGCUGUCCAUGUACGGCGUAGACCUGCAUCACGCUAAGGAUUCAGAGGGGGUGGACAUCAUGCUGGGUGUUUGUGCAAACGGUUUGCUCAUCUAUAAAGAUCGGCUGAGGAUAAAUCGCUUCGCUUGGCCCAAAAUCCUCAAGAUCUCCUACAAACGCAGCAACUUCUACAUCAAGAUCAGACCUGGAGAGGUGGAGCAGUUCGAGAGCACCGUCGGGUUCAAGUUGCCCAACCAUCGUGCUGCCAAAAGAGUUUGGAAAGUGUGUGUUGAACACCACACCUUCUUCAGGUUGAUGUCCCCCGAGGGUCCCACCAAGACCAAGUUCUUGACUCUGGGUUCUAAGUUCCGUUACAGCGGCAGAACACAGGCGCAGACGCGACAGGCCAGUACUCUGAUCGACCGGCCCGCGCCGCGCUUCCAGCGCACCUCCAGUAAACGCAUCUCCCGCAGUCUCGACGGAGCUCCUGUGGUGUAUGUGAUGGAUCACAGUCGUGCUGUGGACGGAAGCGGCGCUGUAGAGAACGGUCCCGCUCUGGAGCUCAACUCUGACUCUAAGAGCAAGUCGAGAGUGCAGGGAGAGAAUAUAUAUGUCAGACAUAGCAAUUUAAUGUUGGAGGAUUUGGAGAAAACCCAGGAGGAUGUGUUAAAGCAUCAGGCUAGCAUGAGCGAGCUAAAGCGCAGUUUUAUGGAGGCUACGCCCGAGCCCAGGCCCAGUCAGUGGGACAAACGGCUGACGGGCAGCCCGGCCACCACCCUGCGCCUGCAUGCUUCAGGGAGUUUGGAGGAGGAGUUAACCUCUCUGUUUUUGAGUAAGGCCUGUUUCUCCUGCAGUGUCACUGCUGCUCCAGCAGAGGGCAGUAAAGUCCGGUGUCUGGCCGAGGUUCCACAGAAACCCCCCCCACACCCCGAGACUGACCGCAGAGACGCCAGCAAGAGUUCAGAGGUCAAACCCGAUGUUAACGGCCAGCCAGAGGUCGUGGAGGUCAUCGAGGAGACCGUCAUCAUCGAGGAAGUCGUCAAAGCCAAACCCAAAAGUCCGGCACCUGAGGUUACCAUGGAAACCACAGAGGCGCCGGAGGUGAAGGAGGAGCGGAGUUUAUCGUCUGACAGCGAGAGCGAGGAAGAGGCGGAGUAUCACGCUCAGAUGCCCAGUACCAGCAUCUCCGCUCAACACAUCAGAGAAGAACCAGAGGAAGAGGAGGCGGAGCUUACUCGACAAGCCCCGCCCACUGAGGUCCAGCUACCGCCAAUGGCAGAAUCGUCCGAGUUCACUCCCGCUGCAGAGGAGGAGUUGGCCGCACAGCCUGAAGACGAAGUGUUGUUGAUGCCAGAUGAAGCUCCGAACGGCCACGCCCCCAAUACUGAAGUCCCGCCCACUCUCGAAGAUGCUUUAGAGAAGGAGGAGUCUCACAUUGUCAACGGCAACGUGUCACGCGUGGAACCGGAGCGUCUGCCACAGGUUAUUUGUUGUUCGGAGCCUCCUGUUGUCAAGACUGAGAUGGUCACCAUUUCAGACACGUUUGCGGCUCAGAAGACGGAGAUCUCCACUAAAGAAGUUCCCAUCGUUCACACUGAAACCAAGACCAUCACGUAUGAAGCGGCUCAGCUGGAUGGGAAUGGAGACGGAGAGCCUGGUGUCCUGAUGACAGCUCAAACCAUCACCUCUGAAUCACUCUGUACGACCACCACUACACACAUCACAAAGACACUAAAGGGAGGCCAGUCAGAAACCCGCAUCGAGAAACGGAUCGUCAUCACGGGAGACUCGGACAUUGAUCACGAUCAGGCGUUGGCCCAGGCUAUAAAGGAGGCCAAAGAGCAGCACCCUGACAUGUCCGUCACUCGUGUGGUCGUGCACAAAGAGACCGAGCUCGCUGAAGACGAUGACUGAAGGACAGCGCUGAAGUGUUCAUCCGGCGGGACCAUCAAGAGCUCGGAUCUCGUGGUUCUGCAUCCCAACAUCUUCAUCGUUCUCUAGCGCUCACAAACCACCACUUCACUAACACGUGUAGCAUUUAGUCUUUUUAGUCCUUGAUCUUUUCCUCCAAACAUUCUCCUAAAGACCAGAUCCAUGUUAUUUUUAUUCUAUCAAAUAGUCCUUCACAUUCCCCUAGCACAUUUACACAUCACAUGAGAAGAGGGACAGAUAGAUUUGGAUCUUUGUUACGGUUUGUAAGGGACCAGCACACAGGACACUGGUGUCAAUCAUUGGUCUAUGCAGUCAAAGGUCAGAACAUUCCAGUGAGAGGGGAGGAGCUUCAGUAACUCACACCCUCUCAUCGUGAGACAUCACAAAACCUCGGCAGCUCUGUGUGACCUUUGAUUUCCAGACACCAGUGAUCUGAUGUUUGUAGAAACCCUCUUUUCUUUCUUUUUCUUUUUUUAUAUCGGACCUGAACUAUAAAGUGAUGAUUUAGAUGAAGUACGUUUGCCCUUUGAAAUCUUUCUACUCUCUCUGUCAGAUAUGAGAUGUUUUUGAUGAAAUACAGUAGAUGUGAUUUGGCUGUAGAUUGAGGCCUGUGCUGAUUCUCCUCUCUCUCUCUCUCUCUCUCUCUCUCUCUCCGUCUGUCGUCUUCUGCUCAUCUGCAUCAUGUGUAUAGCAGCUCAUCUUAGAUCCUUUGUUUGUUUGUUUUUUAAGCGGCUUUGAAUGAUCUGUAAUGUUUUUACGCCCCACCCGUUGUGUAACACUCUUCAAAUAAAAGUUUGUUUACUCUCUAA